AUGAAACGAAGGGUCGGCACUGCGCGUAGCAAGCCAAAAGAGGGAUUAGAGGAACGACUUGCGCGGAUGGAAAUGCUCCUUGAGCUUUCCAGCAUAGAAAUUGCCGCAAUCAAUUCACCUGUUGGUGAACAGCAGCUCGAGUCGUCACACUCUACCAAAAGCGCAGAGGUGCAAAACACCAGGAACGAUGGCCACUUUCCAUCUCUCGCGACAAACGUCGCUUUUGAAUUGCUAGACGAAACAGAUCUUACGAGUCACUCACCAAGCGACACUCCUUCAACUCACUCCCAACUGACACAAGAGAAAUUAUAUUCGAUUUCGAACCUAACGCAGUCACUAAAUACCACACAGCACACACCACCUGAUGCUGCCCAGACUUCGUCGCAGCAUGUUGAAUGUGCCGAUCUUUUAGGUUCCGAGGUUGAUUGGGAAUAUCAUGGAAUUACUUGGGUAUCGGAAAGGUCGAGAGAACCGGGAUUCCUUGAGACUGCUAGAACCCUUGUGCGUAAUAUUGACUCUCGACUGAAGAUGCGAUCCAAUUUUCGCCGCGAACCCAUCCCCGAGCCGAAUAUGGAUUCUGCCUGGGAAUAUUCCCAAGCCUACUUUGAACAUUCUUUUGAUGCUAGCCUUGGGCUAGUGUCUCGACAUCACUUUGAAGCACGCCUUCGUCAUCACUAUACUCAGAAUAGCAUGAUUGAUGAUGAUCCAGCUUGGUAUGCGCUACGCAAUACGGUGUAUGCCUCCGGCUACAGACUCAAAAUGUCCAGUAUGCCAUACUCAAAUACAUCUGAGGAAAUCCAAGGCAAAGCUUGGCGAUACUUUGAAAAAGCCAUGUCCGUUCACAAUGAGCUUCUGUAUUGCAGCACUGGUCUGAUGGCCGUCCAGGCGUUAACAGCUAUGGUUUGA